AUGACCAAGCUGAGCUCCCAGGUGAAAGGUUCCCUCAACAUCACCAGCCCUGGGCUGCAGAUAUGGAGGAUCGAGGCCAUGCAGAUGGUUCCAGUGCCUUCUAGCACCUUCGGCAGCUUCUUUGAUGGGGACUGCUACAUUGUCCUGGCUAUCCACAAGACGGGCAGCACCCUGUCCUAUGACAUCCACUUCUGGAUUGGCCAGGCCUCAUCCCAAGACGAGCAAGGGGCCGCCGCAAUCUACACCACACAGAUGGACGAUUUCCUGAAGGGCCGAGCUGUGCAGCACCGCGAGGUCCAGGGCAACGAAAGCGAGACUUUCCGUGGCUACUUUAAGCAGGGCUUGGUGAUCCGGAAAGGAGGUGUGGCUUCUGGCAUGAAGCAUGUGGAGACCAACUCCUACAAUAUCCAGCGGCUGUUGCACGUCAAGGGCAAGAGGAACGUGGUGGCUGGAGAGGUGGAGAUGUCCUGGAAGAGCUUCAACCGCGGGGAUGUGUUUCUCCUGGACCUGGGCAAGCUGAUCAUCCAGUGGAACGGGCCUGAGAGCAACCGGAUGGAAAGACUGCGGGGGAUGACGCUGGCCAAGGAGAUCCGGGACCAGGAGCGAGGCGGGCGCUCGUACGUGGGCGUGGUGGAGGGUGAGAACGAGAAGGCCUCGCCUCAGCUGAUGGAGGUAAUGCUCUACGUGCUGGGUCCCCGGCGGGAGCUGAAGUCAGCCAUCCCCGACACAGUGGUGGAGCCCGCAGUCAAAGCCAGCCUCAAGCUGUACCAUGUGUCUGACUCCGAGGGAAAGCUGGUGGUCCGAGAAGUUGCCACAAGGCCCCUCACACAAGACCUGCUUAAGCACGAGGACUGUUAUAUCCUGGACCAAGGAGGCCUGAAGAUCUUCGUGUGGAGGGGGAAGAAAGCCAACAGCCAGGAGAGGAAGGAGGCCAUGAGCCAGGCUCUGCACUUCAUCAAGGCGAAGCAGUACCCCCCCAGCACCCAGGUGGAGGUGCAGAAUGAUGGCGCCGAGUCCGCCAUAUUUCAGCAACUAUUCCAGAAGUGGACGGUACCCAACCGAACUUCAGGCCUGGGCAGUACCCACACUGUGGGCUCCGUGGCUAAGGUGGAGCAGGUGAAAUUUGAUGCAGCAUCCAUGCACAUGCAGCCCCAGGUAGCCGCACAGCAGAAGAUGGUGGACGAUGGCAGUGGAGACCUGCAGAUCUGGCGCAUUGAGAACCUUGAGUUGGUGCCUGUGGACACCAAGUGGAGGGGUCACUUCUACGGGGGUGACUGCUACCUGCUGCUGUACACCUACCUUGUUGGGGAGAAGAAGCACUAUCUGCUCUACAUCUGGCAGGGCAGCCAGGCCAGUCAGGAUGAAAUUGCAGCCUCGGCCUAUCAGGCCGUCAACCUGGACCAGCAGUACAACGAUGAGCCAGUCCAGAUCCGCGUCCCCAUGGGCAAGGAGCCGCCCCACCUCAUGUCCAUCUUCAAAGGAAACAUGAUCAUCUAUCAGGGAGGCACGUCCCGGUCGGGCAACACGGAGCCUGAACCCGCCACCAGGCUGUUCCAAAUCCGGGGGUCCAGCACCAACAACACCAAAGCCAUCGAAGUGCCGGCACAGGCCACGUCCCUCAACUCCAACGACGUCUUUGUCCUUAAGACCCAAGCCUGCUGCUACCUGUGGUGCGGGAAGGGCUGUAGUGGGGACGAGAGAGAGAUGGCCAAGAUGGUGGCUGACACCAUCUCCCGGAUGGAGAAGCAAGUGGUGGCAGAAGGGCAGGAACCUUCCAACUUCUGGAUGGCCCUUGGUGGGAAGGCCCCAUAUGCCAACAGCAAGAGACUGCAGGAGGAGAACCUGUCCAUCGCUCCCCGGCUCUUCGAAUGCUCCAACCAGACAGGCCGCUUCCUGGCCACAGAGAUCCCUGACUUCAACCAGGACGACCUGGAAGAGGAUGACGUGUUCCUGCUGGAUGUGUGGGACCAGGUCUUCUUCUGGAUUGGGAAGCAUGCCAAUGAGGAAGAGAAACGUGCUGCGGCUGUGACGGUGCAGGAGUACCUCAAGACCCACCCCAGUGGCCGUGAUCCCCAGACUCCCAUCGUUGUGGUAAAACAGGGCCAUGAGCCCCCAACCUUCACCGGCUGGUUCCUGGCCUGGGAUCCCUUCAAGUGGAACAACACCAAGUCCUAUGAGGAGCAGAGGGCAGAACUUGGAAACUCGGCAAACUGGGGCCAAAUCACUGCUGAGAUCACAAACCCUAAGCCAGAUGUGUUCAAUGCUAAUAGUAGCCUCAAUUCCGGGCCUCUGCCCAUUUUCCCUCUGGAGCAGUUGGUGAAUGUACCUGCGGAGGAGCUCCCUGACGGUGUGGAUCCCAGCAGGAAGGAGGGACACCUGUCUGUGGAAGAUUUCAUCAAGGUUUUGGGGAUGACUCCAGAAGAGUUUUCUGCCCUGCCACGGUGGAAGCAACAAAACCUCAAGAAAGCAAAAGGACUCUUCUGAGACACAGUUCCAGUUCUUCAGUCUAUCCUGAGGCUAACUGCAGUUUGAGUUCUGCUGGGCCGGGUGCAAUGGCUCUGUGACCUUCCAUUCUGUGCAGACACAGUGCCC